GCUGGUGCUAAUUGGAGCCGAUUAGCACCAGCUGUGGUCACUUGUCACCUGCUAUAAAAGCGCGGCUGGACGGCCUUCUUCUGCAAUUGUCACUGAAACAAUGGCUGCUGUAUGGCUCUUGGUUGUGUUGGUCCAUGCUGUCUUCAUGGACAAAGGCCUUUGUUUUCCAUCUGGGGCUAAACCAGAGGAGUCCAACGCUGUGCUUAAGAAAGGCGCGCCAGAUGUGUCUCCUGAUGAUGUUUCACUCGAGAGAGUUGUUGAGCUUCUGGAUUCUGUGUCGACGCUCCAUACGCCUGCCCAACCUGCAAGCAAAGCAGUACUGCGAGACAAAGAAAGCCACCAUGUGAGAAACGACCAGACGAGCUACAACAAGGGCCUCCAGAACGACUCCUUCAGCCACGACCAGCAGAGCCACAACAUGAGCAAGGGUCAGCAGAAUGACUUAUUUCAACAAGUCCAGCAGAGUGUCAACCAGAACAACACGAGUCACAGCCAACAGAGUGAGUCCGUUCAAAAAGUCGAGCAGAGUGUCAACCAGAACAACACAAUGAGUCACAGCCACCAGAGUGAGUCUGUUCAAGUCCAGCAGAGUGUCAACCAGAACAACACAAUGAGUCACAGCCACCCGAGUGAGUCUGUUCAACAAGUCCAGCAGAGUGUUAACCAGAACAACACAAUGAGUCAAAGCCACCCGAGUGAGUCUGUUCAACAAGUCCAGCAGAAUGUCAACCAGAACACAAUGAGUCACAGCCACCCGAGUGAGUCCUUUAAACAAGUCUACCAGAAUGACAGACUGGAUGAUGAGGCGUUGAUUGUGAAUGUUUGAUUUUUCAUGGAAGAGCUUUUAUGUAAUGCCUGUCUGAUCAAAUUAAAAUCCUUCCCUUCA